CGAUAAAAGCGGGGGUUUCGUAUAUAAUCGUGAUGAUAAUACACACUAUAGCAUGCAAGCAUGGGAGGAGUUAUUAUGCGAUAUAACUAGGUGACUAUAAUUAGCUUUAUAUCACAUAUUGUUUGGGCUUUUUUGGUUAAAGACUGCGGUUCAUAUAGCUACACACCUUUCUCGUGGAUUGAAGACUCCACAGUUAUUUCAUGUCCAUGUAGAACAGCAUCGUCAUCACGUGGUCAUCCGUCACGUACACAGUCAAGAACAUGCAAGGCGCCACAAAAAAUGUAUCGAGGAGACGUAAGAGAACAUAGUGAUCUUGGUGCUUUUUGGAGAAGAAAUUUGGCGGUCAUGCAACCAGCCGGAGUAGCUUCGGCUUUUUCGAUUGCGUCGUUGACAGCGGGUCUGUCCCACCACCAUCCCCAACCCUACCCGCAUCCAUCCGCCGUCACCACCUCGGCUAUGAUGUGCGCGGCGGGAUAUCCACCAGCAGCACUGCCAUUGCCCUACGCCUCAGCCACGACCUGCCAGCCCGUCAGCUACGCGGGAUCACUUGCCUUGCCGCCGCCCGGAUCGACAUGCACCGGACGAGGAGGAGGAGGAGGGGGCAUUGAAAUACCCGUGCUUCCUGUAUCAGCGGGAUCGCAGUGUGCAAUGAAUAACCCACCGGGGAGCGCCGGCGGGGGGACUGUCUCUUUCGCAGCUCAUCACCCGUCGAAUUCGUAUUCCCGCCAGUGUGCAGGUGAAGACAGCAGAAAUAUUGGUCUUUUAUCGAACACAAGACAAGGACUGGUAGGUGUUACAGAUCUUAAUAUACCUCGGUGGAACUCUUAUGGACCCUGCCUGGAGCCGGGAAUUACUAGUGCAAUCUCUCCAAGAGUUCCAAACGGUCACGAAUCGACAUCAUCUACCUUGCUUCGAGGAGGUCAUCGGGAUUAUGUAGAAACUCUCCAGUCUCCUACAGCUAACUAUUGUGGCCAAACGCACAGCCCAUCAGGUAAGAUAAAGAAUAUAUUCAUAUUUAAAAAAAUCCACUUCGAAACAAUCCUUGCCAUGAACGUGGGACAGUAUUAGGUUCAUAAAGGAAAAUAGAAUGAGCCAGAACAAAUAUUGUUAUUUUUCAAAACAAAAAGUGCACGUAGUUUUACUUGUUAGGGUUACUUUAUUGACUGUUACUACUUCUCUGGCAAAGCCAUGAUAAAUUUGUUUUUUUGUAAUUCCUUCGUAUAUUUGUAUACACUCUAAAAAUAAAAUAGUAAAAAAACACCCAAUUUCGGGUAGAAAGGGAAUGAUGCACGUUUGCUGUGUAAUUUUGUCCCCAUAUUGGGCAAAAUGUAUGUUUUAAUGGAAAUUUCAACACAGCAUUGCGUAAAAUUUACAAUGUAUUUGGUGCCAUUUUACUCAGCAAACAGACAUGUUCCAAUUUUACCCAAUAUUGAGCAAAGUUUUUUUGAGUGUGCAUUUCGAAAUUCAAAAUUCGGAUAAUAAAUGUGCCAUAAUGUAAUUACAAAAGAAUACAAAUCUUAUUUUGGUUUAAAAAAUUACAAAACGUAAACAUUUUGUCUCUAUGUAUAAUCAAAUGUCCCAUUUCCAAAUUGUAUAAACGGUCCAUUUUCAGUUGGUUGUUGACAAUUUGUGCAAGGUGUACACAAAAGUAUUCAAAACAAGACAAUUAGCCAUAAAUACAAGUACUGAAUAUUUGGCCAGGAAACGCACUCUAUGCAUGCAGAUGUGGAAUUCAUCGAGAAUGUGUCAAAAUGAUCAACGUCAAGUUUACCGACACAAAAGAUUAAUAAGUGUCCAUAAAAUAUAUCUGAAUGAGAGCUAUAUGCCAACAAACUGAGGCCGAACUUUCGUUUCGAGCCUUUUUUUAAUAUUCCCAUUGUUUGUGUGACCAAGAAUACUGCUGAAAUAUUUUUGUAUAGUAUUUCUUCAAUCGUUGAAAAUUCUGGCUUGUCUGCAUGUGUUGACGAACGUGGACCCGAUUUUGAUUGAAUACUUAGUUUGGCUGAAUUAAAAGAAAUAAAAUGCUGAAAGGAAUAGUUUUGUAACCAUUCAUUAAAAUCCACUGUUAUUUGAUCGUUCUCAUUCGCACAAAAGGUGAUAUCCUAGUGCUAUAUUCAACAACAAACUGUGUUUUUACUCCAAGGAUUUUGGUAAAUUCCGUGCAUUAUAAAAGUAUAUAAGCUAAAAUAUGAAUACUUCUAUUCAUUUGUAUAUCUUGCGGAUGCUAUGUAGCAUACAACUGUAAUCUUUGAUAGGAAUGCAUAUUGUUAUAAAUUAAUCACUGGUUUUAGCAUUAAAAAUCAUUUGGAAAUUUGUAACUUCCAGGCGAAUAUGCGAACAAAAAAUUGAGACGGGCUUAUUCACAUUUUUGCAUAGAAAAAGAACCCAGUAUCUUCAAAAUAGUUGAUAUUUAGGUAGGCAUAUCGUAUACCUGGAUUGCAUGGCACUAUGUAUCAAAAUGUAAUUGGAAAGCAAAAAAAACACAGUCAGCAUGAAAGGUGAGCUUAACUAUUUUGUGACAAUAUAGACUCUACAUUGUUAGACGCCCCGUGGUUACUCACUUCAGCCAAUAACGGUUUUUGUGUAUUCAGUUUUCAUAGAAUAAAUUCAGGUUAUACUCUCAAAGCUGGCAGAUUAUUCGUCAUCUAUGUGAUAAUUAAAAUAAAACCAUCGGAACGUUUGAUCUCAGACACAUAAACCAGAACAUAUCGUAUUGAUAGAAUAGUCAAAUUAAUUUGAUUUAGUCAUUAGUUUGCGUUAAAUUAUAGCACGUUACAUGAACAAAAGUACAUCAAUUUAUGAUAGACGGUCAAGAAUCCCUAUGUGUGUUUUACAGCCUGCUCCAAUCUUUCUCUGACAAAAAAGGAACCAACAAGAAAAAAAAACUGAUAAUCUUAUUUCACUUCAGAUUUUACAAAAAAUAAUUUGCAAAACAAUUCAUGCAGUU